GUCAUGACAUGACACCUGGCUUUCUUUUUUAAAUUAAUCUCGUGGUAGCCAUGGCAAGUAAGUGAAGGAGUUAACGGAGACGAGUACCCGUGAGUCCCAUUUCAGUUCAGGGUUUUGAACACCUCGUUAAUGACUCGCACAUAUCCACUAGUGCAUGUACGUAGUCUUUUUUGGGGGCGUGUGUGUGUGUGUGAGUGUGUGUGAGUGUAUGUGGUCCCCACACUGUGGACCAACCAGCCUGUCGAGCGUCUCACACUCACACGCACGCAUACACACAGCCUCAGGUGGCUGACGGUUGCUUCACUUUCCACAUUAACUGUAACACACACACGCACAAGGAGCUCCAGCGACUGGGAUCCGGAAGCUAGCACAGACCGCCGUAUUGCUUUGCUCUUGCUCGGGCAGGAGGUCGACUUUUCCGGGUUCACUUGGGUCCUCAACUGGGCAUCUCCCCACUGGUGGAGGGACGAUAGUGUGUUCAUCCUUAUGACGAUGGCGUCAAGUGAGUCGCGGCUCCAGCAACCACCAUCCCAGAAGGAUGCUGCUGACCAGAACUUUGACUACAUGUUCAAGCUGCUGAUCAUCGGCAACAGCAGCGUGGGCAAAACCUCCUUCUUGUUCCGCUACGCAGACGACUCCUUCACUUCGGCUUUUGUCAGCACGGUGGGCAUUGACUUCAAGGUCAAGACCGUCUUCCGCAACGACAAAAGGAUCAAACUGCAGAUCUGGGACACAGCAGGACAAGAGCGCUAUCGGACUAUCACCACGGCCUACUACAGAGGCGCCAUGGGCUUCCUGCUCAUGUAUGACAUCACCAACCAGGAGUCCUUCAACGCCGUUCAAGACUGGGCGACGCAGAUUAAAACGUACUCAUGGGACAAUGCCCAGGUGAUCCUCAUCGGCAACAAGUGCGACCUAGAAGAUGACAGGCUUAUUCCCAGAGAGGACGGCCAGCAUCUGGCAGAGGAACUUGGUUUCCAGUUCUUCGAGGCCAGCGCGAAGGACAACAUCAACGUCAAGCAGGUGUUCGAGCGGCUCGUGGAUGUCAUCUGCGACAAGAUGAACGAGAGCAUCGAGGGAGACAUGAGCUUAGUGUCCAACCACAGGAACCAAAGCCUGAAAGACUCGUCUUCCGUUAACAACGGAGGCUGUGCUUGCUAAACCACACGCGCACUAAUGCCGGUAAUCAACUUCGCUGUGCCUCAACUGCAGGAAUUGCUCCUUUUCCUUUUUGCUCACUGCAGCCACACCCAGCACAAAGGGCAGAAGGCUGAGAUAAUCAUCAUCACUACUGUUAGAGACCCCCCCAACCCUGCUAUAAAAGUCCCUUCCUCUUCUUUUCUUUUGAGGCCUCAACCCAUGUGCUCUGUGUUGGGCUGACAGUCCACUAAUGCAAAGAUCUGUAUGCACAAUUCAGCUAUUACGAAAUAAUAAUGUUGCAUUUCGAUUGCUAUUGUCUGAGAGGCAUUCAGUUAACAUUAUGCAUAUGAUACGACGUAUGAUGACAGUACAGUCGUGUCAAAUAUUUAUCAAACCACCAUUAUUCACACCAUACAGCCACAUUUAAAGUUAAAGUGACAUUGUACUUGCUAAAUCUGCUAGCAGGAAAACAAAUGGUUUGAACUAAAACGUUAUGUUACACGAUAGUAAUAAAAUAAAAAAAAAAAUCACUACUUGUAUUUUUUUUUUUUAAUCCCUCGCCACUUCGCGCUUUGGAUUUCGUGGCUUCACUCUAUCAAGGUUUUGAAAAAUAUAUAUUAUAUAUUAAUCUUUGUGGUUGAAUACAGCUUAUUAGUAGUCAUAAAACACACACAUUUAAGGAAAUUUGACAGAUUUUUUGCCUAAAUUGGGCAUUUUCGAGCAUAAAAAUGGCUAAAUGAACUAGAAUACAAAUAUAAGGCAUUCGAAAGACCCAUCAAAGAUGUGAUAUGUAGUAAACUGCACUGGUCACUAGGUGUCACUAAUGUUACACUGAUGAGACAAUAGCUACCGCAGGAAGUACUGUCCAGAGCAGGAAGUAUAAAAAAACAAGAAGGAACUUUCCCAAUGUUAACACAUUAGUCCAUAUUAUGUCUAUUAUAUUGGGUAAUACGAGUGUAAAGGUGACUAUAGGGGUGUUAUUUCAUAUUUAGAGGGCUCUAAUACUUGUAAAAACGUUUUUAAAAGGCCAUUGCUCUAACUACAAAAAUAUUCAAUUUAUAAAUGAGGAAUGCCAUAUCGCGGCAAUUCACUUACUAAAGUCAGUUCUCAAACCAAUUAACCGCGAUAAACGAGGGAUUACUGUAGUUUAUUACAAUGCUCUAGAUCAGGGAUGUGUUCAAAGUGCGGUCGAGGGGCCAUUUGCGGCGGCAGCACAAACAGCAAAAUUGGGAAAAAAUACAGCAAAAAGGUUCAACGUAACAACAAAAAGUUGAAAUGUUGAUACUAAUAUUCAGAACACAAAGCUUUGACUUUAAAUAGCUAACAUUUUUUUGCCUUUUUAUAAAAUAAAAAGAUAUUUUAAAACAGAUUACAUUUUUUUAGUAUGUGGCCCGCUGUGGAAACAGUAUGUGACCGCCGCUACUGAUAGGACCGGGGUUAUGAAUCAUUUUUAAAGUGUAGGAAAAUGUCGUUAAUGUCUGUAACACAACUAUUGCUACUUUCUUGUGUCAUUCCCAGCCACAUCAAUACGUACAAAUGGACUCUAACUCAAGGUUGGCCAGCGUAUUCAUACCUUUGGCGUCACUUUGUACUGUUAAAUAAAUACCUCUUGAGUUAAAGUGAGUGUAAUUAUCUUUGUAAAGACAUACAUAUUCAUAUAUAGUUGCACAACUCUUGUAUUGGUUCAUAUUCUGGUAUUUUCCAGACUAUAAGUUGCUUGGAAAGCAAGUUCACCGAGCUCCCGAUCUCACACCACACCACUGAAUCCAUUGAAAUGAGCGUAUACUUGCGUUGUCACAAGCCAAGAGCGCCCUCUGGCGGCUAUUUACAGCAAUGUUCACUCCUAGUAUGAAUUAACAUUUUAUUAUAUAUAUAUAUAUAUAUAUAUAUAUAUAUAUAUAUAUUUUUAAAUAUAUAUGUCGCACCUGACUAGAAGUUGCAGGACCGAUUUAUAGUCCGGAAAAUACGUUAAAUCGUGCAUAUAGUCUAAUCUGGUUUAAUUGGUACCCCUCUACCUCAAGCUAACUUGCUCCAAAGACACAGUAAAUCUCGUAUGUGUAACUCCAGGGAAUUCAUUGAACCUACAAGUCGCAGACUUGGUCUUAUUCAUCGUGUGCUUUUGGUUCUUACGGCCUUUCUCUCGGGAGACACAGAAAAUUGCGACACAGAGGACGUCGAGCACUGUGAGGAAGUCGUUUACCGCUGGCAAAACUGUCACAUGACCAGCCGCUGGCUGGGGGAAGCACACAGUAAAUCAUGCGGUAAAUCAUAUUUUUUUUUGUGUGUGUGUGUUCAGAUAGCGAAGGAAAUGUGGGCACUUGUGUUGAUAUUACAAGAGCUGUUAUUGUUGCACUCACCCGACAUUCCAUUCAGGACACAUGUACAGUCAAACGUCUUCCCUUUAUCAGGCAUGUAUUCAUGAAACCACACCGUGGAUCCCCGCAUAUUUGUGAUGAAGCAUUUGCAAAGUUAAUAUUGAAAUAAACACUUUUGACGCUGAUAUACAUGCAAAACAAGAUUUGAUACAAAUGUAUCACCCGCAAGGCAUGCUGGGAAGCCCCGGCGCACACUUCCCCAUCAGAACGUUACCCAGGAUGUCUCGAGGGUUCUACAUGAGUAUAAAAGAGUAUUGUUCUGCAUGUACAGUGUUCCCUCGCUACAUUGCGGUUCAUCUUUUGCUGGUUCGUGGGUUUUUUAAGUGCAAUUUUGACAUGUUUUUCCCUGCGUCCUUGUGGUGAUAGAGCGAUCUAUCGGUGCUCUGCUGUAUAUGUCUGUUAUUGUAUUUACUACUCCUACCAGUGGAGGGUGUUGAAUACUCAUGUGAGAGUUGAAGACAAAGUGCCGCUGGUGUAAAGAUGUCCUCCCUCCACCCUACACAACAGUCCUGAUUGGCUAAGGGAGAACCCGCCCAUUGUCUUCUGUGUUCUGAUUGGCUGUAGACCACUGUCACCACUGUCCUGUUCGCUAGCGCGCCAUUAUGGAAUAAUGGAAUUAAUGUCGAUCGUGAGCUACUAGUUGAUCUUUUGGACUGUGCCUGUCCAUCGAGAGAACAUUUUGAGAAAAAUGUAUUAUCAUAUCAGCGCCCUCUCCUCCCGGAGAGCGACCAACAGGCACUCAUUUUGUCCACUGAACGCCUCACCACUAUUCAGGUGGCAACCGGCGAGCCCCAGAAAGCAGCCCAGUCCCCAAAACCUGACCGGAGGUACAGUAAUACCACAACUCGCCUCAUACACCGACUCGCCAACGCCCCCAUCCCCACCCCGUGCUAGCAAAAAGGUCGAGCGAGACAGGGAGGGAGUGACAGAGCGUUGCAGCGAUGUGCUUGCGCGCACAACAGUAAUUAUUGCACGUUAACAAGGAUCAAAGUCUGCCUUUGCUACCUCAAAGUUAAGGCACAAACAUAACUCCAUAGACGUGCAGCUCCAUAAUAUUCUUUGAGGUGCGACGCCACCGCUCGUUAAGGGCUCACUGUUAUAGCGCAUAGACCAGCUCCUCUCUCCUCAAUCUGCAUCGCUCGUGUCACUGUUGUUGUGUAACGUAUUUAAAAGGAAACCAGUAUCUAGCGCUGAUGUGCUAAGUUAUUUUAUUCUCUUUCUUUCUGCAAUGAUCAGCCUCGUUCAUAUAGAAAAACUACUGAUUUAGAUGUUGGACUGUCUCAAGCUGUAAGGUGUGUUUUUCAUAGGUUUACUUUGUACUUUUCAUUUUCUCAUUAUUAUUAUCAUAAGUGGGCGAUCACAUCAGUCUGUUGUUUUGUGGCUUGAUGGAAGCAUGCAUGUGUAAGCAGGAAUACAAGAAAUGUUUUGAAAUGUGUCUAUGAAAAUAAAGUUGUUGAAUGGU